CCUCUUCGUACUUUCCUCCGCGGCCUGUCUGCUGCCUGCUGCUCUCAGGUGCCCAGGUACCGGAACGAGGACGCAGAUCCACGAAGAUCAGCGUGACGAUAGCCACCGAGCUCCUGGCUUACUACAAGAGCACACAGAGGUCAGCCAUCAUCGUCCAGGUCGACGAGGAGGGAAGGUGAUAGCUUAAGCUAUUGGAGCCGAGUUGGACGGACAGCGGAAGGGCACCGUCCAAGGGUUAAAGGUGCCAUAGGUAUGAUUCAAGAGCUACACUUUGAUUCAAGAUUUGAUUGGUUUUUAUAGGUGCUAGCAUCAGCUAGCAGAGCAUGGCUUUACCCAUGGCUCUGCAAACUAUCACCGCAGUUCAAGUCCUGUCCCUAGUGGCCAUAUGCAGCGCGGUGGGGAAGAGCGAUCGCGUCAACUUCUACAACAUCAAACCACCAGUUCAGGCCACACCAUUCCCCAAUAGUUUUAAGUGCUUCACCUGUGAGCGAGCGCGGGACAACUACAACUGUAACAUCUGGGCUGAGGACAAGUGGUGUUCAGAAGACACUCAGUUCUGUAUGUCAGUUCACCACUUCCACUCCACUCAUGGAAAAACCAAGUUUGUGACAAAGAGAUGCGCUGCACAAGAGGAGUGCCACCAGUCGGGCUGCAGGCACCACAAGGAGACAGGGCACACGGAGUGCGUGUCUUGCUGCGAGGGAAUGAUCUGCAACGUUGAGGUUCCAACCAAUCACACCAACGCCGUGUUCUCCCUGAGAGCAAUAGCGCUCGGAUCGGCGCCGUGCCAGACGACCCCUCCCUGGAAGACCCUGGUUCUAACCCUCGGGUUGUGUGGACAGUUCAUAUUGUGACCCUGUGGCAGCCUGGAGCUUGGCAGGGGAUCUUGUCUGGGGAGAGAGCCAGCAGACGCACCAAAACGAACCUUCCAUUGAUUCGAUAUGGCAGCGUUUCCCAGGCAAAUGCCAAAGAUGACGGAGAGUUCAUUAAAACGUGACGCUCGAUGUCCGGGGUCGAGCCGGCUCCUCCAGCCGAAACACAAAAGGGAGAUAGAACUCACACUACUGCUCAUUCACCCGAAUGGCCAGACCUUUGCCACGCGUCGCCUGCACGGCCCGUUCAGAAAUGGGUCCGUCACCGGAUGUCCUCCCACGCAUUUGCUACCAUAACGCUGCCAUAUUGUUCUGAAUGAAACUGCAGAGUAUAAUUUGGAUCGAAAUUGUCUUUGAGGAAUCCGAAGAUCUGGCCAAGGUGGAAGUGAUUCAACAUGAAGUUGGAAGACAAUGGACUCUUUCUGGAUGCAGUUGGUUGUGUAUGCCUACACGAUCGCAACAUUGCCAAGCCAAGCCUUUUAAGCGAGCUCGAUAGUGAACAGUGAAUGGAGUGUUUCUUAAGACCCUGGCUAGAAGGCUGCCCAACAAUGCUGCCAGCAGGUUUGGGGGUUUUAGGCAUCCCCAAAACAAUCUCUGGGAUUAUUAACAUUCCGGGGAAUGUUAAUAAUAUGUUUUUCUUUAUGGAAUUACAGACCACUUUAAACAUUCAUUAUGCCGGACAUGAAAUAACACGUGGCCAUGGAGAGACAGUGUUUUCUGUGUGACCCAGUGAAUUUGGCACUUAUGAUGUUAUGCCAGAUAGUUUUAUACAUACAGUGUAUAUAAUUGAACAUAUUUGCACUUUUCGUUCGGAACAUUGUAUAUUUGAAGUAGGUCUAUCAGACCUUUUUGUAAGGAAUAUAAAUACAAUUGAUAAUAAAC